AUGCAUCUCAUGUACACCGAAGACCCCGUUACGGGCCAGCGAAUCUACACACUGAAAAAGGUCCUCGACGGCACCGUCACAAAGUCCGCCCACCCUGCCCGAUUUUCUCCAGAUGAUAAAUACUCGAGACAUCGAGUGACUCUGAAGAAACGAUAUGGGCUCCUUCUGACACAGCAGAGUGCGUUUCGUGGCUACGCGAUCUGA